AUGUUUGCCAACCCCGUUGUACUGGACAAUAACAAAAAGGUGCUAUAUGAUGUCUACGCCGUCUUCACUCAAGACAACAUGCUACACAAUUAUACACUUGUGAACGGCGUCGGACACUCUGAAAAUACUCCGUUCUCGAAUGAUAACACGGUAGGUGCUCCGACUCCGAUAGUGAAGUGUUUUGACGGCAAAACCGUCAAACUUCCAGCAAUCAAUGCCAUCGUAGCUGCCGUUAAUAAAGCAACCAAAGUGUCUAAGGGUGGCAGUCGUGAUGCUAAACAAUGCAAGACAGGCGGCUCAUAUCAAACUGCGAUGGACAAUGUCGACUAUGCAAUCUGUGUGUCAGGGACAACGGGAUUUACAAUGCAAAGCAGCGAUAUGGACAUCUCGGUGGAAUACUUGGAGGGUCCUAUUAAAAUAGUGCCCCCGGUCAUGAAGCAUAAAAAAUGCUCGUCUAAAGUCUCGUUCACAUCAGUGACGAAGCUCGGACACGCUCUUCUUACUGGAAAAGCAUUGCCUGUUGUAGACAAGAGAAAGCUGAGAAGUGUUUUUAUCUUUCGCGAAGAAAAACUUGAUUUGAUUCCGUGCUCGUGCAAGUCAAAGCCGCGUCCGUGCAUCUUCAUCCAUGGACAAGGUAUACAACCUGAGAUGGCAGACAACCAAGACUCGUUUCCUCACUACUGGGGUAAUCUAGUCGGUCAUGCCCCGUGCUGUUCAUCCAUGAAAUAUGUCCGACUAGACACGAUCGAUAAUUCUUGGACCAGCAAAACACUUCAGGAACAAACCUGCCAUCGAGCUCUUGCAGUGAGUGAGUCGAGCACGUCAUCUACAAUUAUGGACACGAUCGUGAUUGCCCACUCGAUGGGAAAUCUCAUGCUGGCUGGAGCAAUUGCUAAUGGCCUAUGCAAGCUUGAUUCAAGCUCGACGUGGGUGGCUAUAUCUGGACCAAUGAAAGGAAGUAUGGCCUCAGACUUGAUCCAAGACACCUGUGCUGGAAAUAGAAACAUUGUCCUUAAAAGUUUGAGUGAAAUUGCCGGAAAGUGUCCCCCGAAAAAGUCAGUCAUGUCGUUGUCGUACGAGGGCGGAAGUCACAGCUCUAAGGAGCUUAACGCCGCGUAUAAAGCUGCACAGAAGGUUUACCGCGAAAAUGUGUACGCUCUCAUGUGCGGCGAAAGCUCUUCUGGGUUAUUGACGACAUACCAGAUGAAAUUUUGGCUCUUUGGCCGCAUGAUCCCUCACCUUUCUGACCAGAACGAUGGUGUGGUCGAAUUUCAGAGCUGUGCCGUCGGAUUUCCAGAAUCUAAAUUUGGUAACACUUUUCGUGAUCGCUUUUACAGGACCAAGCUCAACCAUUUUGACAUGGAGUUUCUUGGGGGUGAUUCUCUGUCGAAUGAAGCCAAGAUGCCAAUAAAAUGGUUUGAGUGUCUGAUGUAA